AUGGCCGUUCUUGUGACCCAAGACUGGCAUCCACCUAGAGAUCUCACAAUGGACGCUUCACCUUCCCCGAAUCCUAUCAAUGCAUCGGUUCCUCGCCAGCGAUCUUCUCCUGCUAACGAUCAGUCUCCCAUACCUUCACCCAUUCCCCAGCAGCAGCCUUAUCCGUAUCCGGUUCAGCAGCAGCAGGCAGGGUGGUCUCCAUCACAGCAGUUCUAUCCUGCAUUCUACCAAAAUCAGCCAUACCCAAUGCAGGGACAACCCCAGAUGCAUCCUCAGUCGGGCUACUACGAUCCCGCCAACGCCCAAUUCGCGCAGUGGGCCCAUUGGCAAAUGAUGUACAACGCUCAGCAAGCCCAUCAGAUGCCCCAUGUGCCCCCACAAAUAAGCAGCCAGCGUAGUCGGAACAGCGCGGCCAACUCGAGCGACUACUUCGCCCUCAACCAGAUGGCGGCGGGCUUCAACACCUUCCCCAGCGGCACGCCCCCACCACACCCCUCGCAGCUUCCCAACGGCUACCCUGCCACACCCGGUGACCAGUACGGUGGCUUUCAUCCCUAUCGUCGUCCACAGCGCCAGGGAUCGUCCAAUCCAGAGCCCCAGCAGCCAGGCAAUGGAGAAUGGCGGUCCGGCCCACAAAUGGGUACCUUCCAGCCCCCAUACGCUCGCGCCGAUGCCGCAGGUUCCUCAACGUCCGUCAACUCGGGUUCGACCGCCUCGGGCAGCCAUCGGCCGCGGACCAAUAGCACGCAGGGUCCGACUGGCGGUGGGAGCAGCAGCCCGGCUGCACCGCCCGGACACAGUAGCUCCAAGUCCUCCGUCAGUAAUGGCCAUGGCAGAGGGGGAUCCGUGACCUCGGUCAAUUCGCAGGUAUCCAGCGCCUCGUCACCGCGUCCGCAUAGCGUACAUACGCGCACGAAUUCGUCAUCCUCGAACUCAUCGGCCGCGCCUCGGCCCUCAACAGUAUCGACGGCGUCAUCCACGUCAAUGCCGCACGCAACGGCGACGCUGCGCAAGCCGUCACCGUUAUCGCAGGGCAAUUUCACGCCUCCGGUUGAUCGGCGCAAAUCGCGCGACGAUAGCGAUCUCGCCGCAAUGCUGGAUGAGAGUACGCAUGCACCUGGGGUGCGCAGUGGAGGGCUGAAGGGACGCCUGCGGCGUGCGCUGUCACUGAACGCGAAUGCUACUUUGCGAGAAGAGGACGAGAACGAGGAUGUGCCCGUGAAGAGCGGUCCUUCCCGUGCGGGCAACUCCAACGCUGGCGGCAGUUCGCAGGCGGUGUUGGCUGGCGAUGAUGAGUCUACUGCGACAGUGCAGAAGAAGAAAUCGCGUUCCCUCUUCAACUCUCGACUGAAUCGCUCCACCGAUAACAUUUCGCUGUCGUCCACGAUGUCCUCUGCCUCCAUGGUGAUCCGCCGGCUGGGAGCCAUCGGAAAGAUGGCCCGGCGAAACUCGCUGGCGGGCAUCACCUCUCUAUUCAAGGAUAAGAAGGACAAGGACGAUGAUGAGGGCGGGGGCAAGAAAAACAAGAAGAAGGGAGAGAAGGGGGUUGCUGCGGAGGCGAGUGUCUCCCAUGUCACCGCUGAGCUCGACCGUUCCGACUGGACUUCGGGGCCGGACUUCGCUGGGCUGAGUCCUGCUGCGAGACUUGCGCGACAGCACACGUUGAAGAGCAACGCCGAGGCUGCGGCUAAGGCGAAAGCGGAGCAGGAGGCUCGCGCUACUGCUGCAGCUGCCGCCGCCGCCGCUCAACAACAGGCAGGAGGAGACUCAGCUGCGGUUCCGACAACAUGGGAGAAAAAUACUACUACCCGUCAAGGUGAGAAUGCUCCUGCAGCCAGGGUGAACGAGGUCGGGAUGGGGCUUGUGAUUGAGGAUGAUGAUUCGGAUAGUGAUGGGGACAGCGAUGGGGUUCCUGGCGAUCACCAGGCGCACAACUAUUCCAUGGAUGGAUGGGACGAUGAUGAAGAUUGGGGUGAGGGGCAGGAGGACGAGGACGUCACCAUCAGGGCCGACUUUGAGAACGCCCACCUGGACGAUGGUGAGGAGAUGGAGCCCUGGGCGAUCAAUGUACGGAGGAGCAUUGAGAAGGCACGAAGGCCGAAGAAAGGCAUUUUGAAAACUCGGGCAGAUGGGACUAGCUACGAGCAGGAUGUUUACCUGCAGCAUCCUAAUCCUGCGUUUACCAGAGGGCGCGCCAACUCUUACGACUCCGUUCCCACUCAUGUUGGCGAGCUUGGAGCCCUUGCGCUACUACCAUCGCAAGAUCCAGAUCACAUCGAUGGCAUCCACAGACAUCCAACAAACGGACACACGUCUCCUAACCCUUCAUUACCUCCGUUGUCGUUCGAUACUAAUAGCCUUUCUGUUGAGCCUUCGAAGCACGACACAAGUAGCGCUAGCGUUCCAGUUGCGGACAAGGCGUUGUUCAGCCACCCCAACUCAUCAGCACCGGCACUCUCCACCAUAUUCUCCCCAAACCCUCCUUCCCUCGCUCAGAGGUCGGCCACGGCACCAGCCAAGCGGUUGGCGUUUGCGACCAACUUGUCCGUCUAUGAUACCUUCCCGGCGACUGUAUACGACAGGCGCAGCGAGCCUGCGACUUGGAGCCGCCUGACUCCUGCUCUUGCGCAACGCAUCAAGGAGGAACUCAAUUCGUACAAAAUGGAAGAGAUGGAGGUGCACGCUGCUAGCCGCGUCCACACCCAAUUCUUCGUUUGA